CAGCAUCGUUUUGCGGCCAUUUUCCAGUCAGUGAAGUCGUCUGCGUACAUCGCCCUCUUGGUUAUUAACACCAAACACCAUGGCGAAAAUGGAUCCUGCCACGGACAUCGUCCUGCUUGCCGGGAAUUCUCACGUGGACCUCGCGCAGAAAAUCGCAGACCGUCUCGGUAUUCGGGUUGGCAACUGCACUGUCGUUCACGCUGCAAACAGAGUUGGCGAUUACACCAGCUGUGUUGAGACGCUCGUCGACAUUGGAGAGUCCGUUCGCAGCCGCGACGUCUACAUCAUCCAGACGGGAUCCAAGGACGUGAAUAACAGCAUCAUGGAGCUCCUCAUCAUGGCGUACUGCUGCAAGACGUCGUGUGCCCGCAAGAUUGUCGGGGUGAUCCCGUACCUGCCCUACGGGAAGCAGAGCAAGAUGCGCAAGCGCGGCUGCAUUGUCUCCAAGCUGCUCGCCCAGAUGCUCUGCAAGGCUGGCCUGACCCACAUGAUCACGAUGGACCUGCACCAGAAAGAGGUGCAGGGGUUCUUCGACAUUCCCGUGGACAACCUGCGCGCCUCACCGUUCCUGUUGCAGUAUAUCACCGAAUGCAUUCCAGACUACCGCAACGCAGUCAUCGUGGCCCGCAACCCCUCGACCGCAAACAAGGCAACCUCGUACGCCGAACGGCUGCGGCUCGGCAUUGCCGUGAUUCACGGGGAGCAGAAGGAGUCCGAGUCGGACAUGGUGGACGGACGAUACUCGCCGCCCACGGUUCUGUCGUCGUCCAGAACGAUGGACGCCGGCCUGGACAUCAUGCCAGUGCCCGCCGCCAAGGAGAAGCCCCCGAUCUACGUCGUCGGAGACGUCGGUGGGCGGAUUGCCAUCAUGGUGGACGACAUGGUGGACGAUGUCCACUCAUUUGUGGCGGCGGCUGAGGUCCUCAAGGAGAGGGGAGCUUACAAGAUCUAUGUGCUGGCCACCCACGGGCUGCUGUCCAGCGAUGCACCGCAGCUCAUCGAGAACUCCGCCAUCGACGAGGUGGUGGUCACCAACACGGUGCCGCACGAGGUGCAGAAGAUGCAGUGCCACAAGAUCAAGACGGUGGACAUCAGCGUCCUGCUGUCCGAGGCCAUCCGGCGCAUUCACAACAAAGAGUCCAUGUCGUACCUCUUCAGGAACGUCACCCUGGAGGACUGAUUCUUUAUACGUCCUUCCGUCAACCGAGAGGGCACGCCCGACGGGAUUUCACCCCGAAACAGACUGAGAUGCAAUUUAGGGGAGUUAUUCGCUAAGCUCGCGCUUCACAUAUGCCAAUGUGAUCGGAAAAGUUCACUUCAGUUCGUUUGAGUGAACAAAAAGAUCAUUUUUACUUUGGUAGUUCUUUUUUUCACAGUGUCCCACUUUGACAGUGCAGUGCAGGGUAGGUGUAUGCUCCCUUAAUUUAAGCACAGAUAAAAGGCUGGGGAAAAAAAUUGGUCAUUCUGAUUGACACAAACAACCAAAAAAUUGCUUGUCUGUGUAAGGGAGUAACAAAGCAGUUUACUCUGUUGCACGAUGGAGCGACAUGCUAAUUUACUCUUGUGCAAGAGAGUAGGAGCCGAUUUACUCUGCUGCACGAAGGAUUAUCGGUCCCGUUUACUCUGUUGCGUAAGGGAGUAGAGAGUGAAUUUACUCUGCUGUGCAUGAGAGUAAUGAUCCAAUUCCAACAAAUGAAAGAGGCGUAUUCUCCCUUUGAGCACAGAUAAAGGGGUAGAGAAAACAUCUUUGUUGCGUGAGGGAGUAACAAGUCAAUUUAGUGCAUUGCACUGGAGAGAGUAAUGAGCCACUUACUCCUACACUUGGAACAUAUUUUUAUGGGUGCAUUUUCACUGUUCUGGAAAGCCCAGCUUUCGGUAGAUGCUCCGUUUAAAUGCAGUCAGAAUCAAGUCUGGCGUUCGUUUCGAGUCUUUUUUGUUUAUUGUGAUUUUUUUUAUUGAGUUGUUUUUGGGUUUGUAAUGGCCAUACUUUGAGAAGCUUGGAGCUGGAAGAUGCUGUUUAUGGAGUUAUUGGCAACAAUCUUCGCAUUCUCAAAGCCAUUAUACAAGCCCAGAAGUUAAUAGAAUUAUGUCAUUGUACCGGUAUUGUUAUGAGGGCAUAUUUUCUGCUCAGAAACUGACUGUGGAGUUGGAUAAUAAGUUUCUAAAGUUGGGUUGCAUAAGCGAUUGUUAGCUAAGUCAGGGUAGGUUUCUGAACGAGUCAGAGUCGGUUUUGGCUUUUUACUGGCGUCACUUCUGAGUGAUUCUGGCAAUGUUUGAGUCAGCUUAACUUGUACAACUUAAAAGGCAUGAGCAACGUGUAUUAAGAAUUUAAUUGCACCCUUCUACAAGAUCUCCAACCAUUUUUAAUAAUGCUUACACGUCCCAAGGUGGCUGCUUGUUCCAUAUACUUGCGCCCAGUAUGUUUUGGGUUUAUUGUUUUACUGCCAUAACAUUUCUUUAGUUACAUUUUUUUUUUUCUGGGAACUUCUGAAGCUAAUGUUUAAAUAGCAAAAAAGUUUUUUUUUUUGUCGUUUUAACAUUUUUUUAUCGUUCUCUUUGAAGUGCCAUCUUAUUCUUUUUUAUGAAAGUAUGCAUAAUUGCCUUUUUUACUUAGGUCAAAGCAUGAGAUUUGAAAUGCAUUAAGUUCUGGCAACGUCGAUUGUAUUCCCAAGUUUACUGGCAGGUUCGGUUGAGCGGUCAAGCGCCCCAGGGGCGCUCCCAAAUGACCAGGCAAACUUCUCUAUGACGUACUGCGACUAGUCAGUCAUUUCGGAAGUUUUCGUUAAGUUUGUAUUCUGCACGCGCUUUCAGACGUGGCACACGUGCAAUGGGAGGAAAUAAAAGGAAGCUGCGUGUAUGUUGGUGCACUUCAAAGAAAUAAUGGCUUUUGUAAAAGGCAGUCUUCUGUUGAUAUAUAUCUGCUGGCUAGUUUAGAUAUUUGUUACUUUCAUUAAGCUGCAAUUUUAGUGCGGCAGUUUUUGUUUUGGUAAAGCCAUAUUUUGUAUACAAGGUGUGAAAUGAACUUGUCAGUGAUUUGUUUUCAGUCUAUUCCUGAGUACCUCAGUUUCUUGUAUUAUUAUAAAAUAUUCAUUUCAGCUAUUGCAGCUACAUUUCUUCCUAUCCAUACCCAAAAAAAGUCAUUUAUUAAGAAAAUAUUUGUGUUGACACUGUAACUAAACAACUUUAUUACUGUAACUCAAUAAAACAACUUUGUACACAGCA